UAGAUCGAGCCGCUCAAGCUCUCAUACAAUUGAUGUGAUAUCGCAGACUAUGAGUACGUACAUGUAAUUUAAUGUAGAGAUUUGUGACCUAUAUUGACAGAUUAUGCAAUCUCAUGAGUAAACAAACACUUGUGUUCUCCAUAUAUAUUAUAAGGGCGCGCUAUUCGUGCGAUACCGCUCGUCAAUAUCAAAUUGCACGAAAAGCCUAUAAAAAAGUUAAAAAAUAUUAUUUCGUGCGAUAAUAGCCGCAGAAGUUAAAAAACUGAACCACAAUGUGAAAAGUCUCACUUAAUUAAAAUAUAUAGUUACCCUAUCAAAAAGUGACAAAUAGCCUCUGUACUUGAUAUCUCGCUUGGCUCGCAUUUCAGCUGGGAGUACUCUGUCCUGUUAUAAGUACUAAGUCCAUGCGCAAGGCUUAUUUUUUACUUGUUCCUUGUCUAUGCUAACUCAUCUUCUGGACGACAACAACCCACUUUAAAAAGUAAAAAUUCAAAUGACAGUUUGUUUAUGAUCUAACCUCGUGUUUUUUUUGUUAUUUUCAAUAAAUUAAAACUAAAUCAUAAAACAAUCGUAAGUUUUAUAACUGCGUGGUGUUAUGGCACGUCCAGAAAUGGAGGAUAUUAUUCAUAAGUUUGAGUCUUUCACUGAAAAACCAGUGAAUUAUCUUACGAUACAAACUGGUUUGAAAGAUGAUAUCAAAAAUUUUGUGAAAACUCUCUACGAUUACACAAAAUCGGAGGAAAGUAAAGGUAAAAAGUCUAAAAAGAGUGCCUUGCCAAAGUUGAUUGUUCAGGACUUCGACGAGGAGCAAAUUUGGCAGCAGAUUGAAAUACAAAAUUCGGAUUGUUGGGAUCAGUUUGUAUGGGAGGUUGCUAACUGCCUGUCUAGUAAAAAUGAUCUGGUCUUCCCAGUAGAAACUUCGAAACAUCCUGCAGAAGCUAUGGAGAAGGAUAUAAUAAUGUCUGAAGAAGAUGAUCAUUCAUCAGACGAAGAUGUUCAGUCUUCUGGUGAUAAUGAUACACUUAAUACAACAGAUACUGUAAAAAAAAUGAAGCCAAGAAAAGGUGUUCUUAAGAAAGUGAAACCAUCUAUUGUUGACGAUAAGUUUUUCAAAUUACAAGAAAUGGAGCAUUUUCUUAUAAAUGAAGAGAAAAAGGAGGAGAAACAGGAAAAGCCAGCACCUGGUUCAGACAGUGAUAAUGAAUCUAUUGAUCUGUUCAAUGAUAUUGAAGAUGAUGAUGAUACUGGGGAAGAAAAAGGUGUCAAUGAAAUGAUGUACUCUGACUUUUUUGAUCAAGGAGAUAAUGAAGAAGCAGAGUAUGAGAAAGGUGAUGAUGUGGAUGAAUACAUCAACAAUGAAGACAAUGUAAAUGAAUCUGAAAGUGAAACACAUCAUCAAAAAAGUGAAGUCAACAAAACAAAACAAAAAGGAAAAAAAGUUAAAUUUGCUGACGAAUCUUCUGAUUAUGAUGAUUCUGAUGAGGAAUCAAUUAAUUUCAAUGAAAAAAUAAGCAAGGAUGAAAAGAAAUCAGACUUUGAAGAACGUCAACAGCGCUUGCAGCAACAAAUAUCUAGAUUAGAAAAUAGAACUUUGAAAGAAGCUCCAUGGCAGUUGAAAGGUGAAGUUGAUGCUACUAAACGGCCACAAAAUUCUCUUCUAGAAGAAGUAGUUGACUUUGAUCUUACUAGUAGACCUGCACCUAUUAUUACUGAGCAGACAACUAUUACUUUAGAAGACAUAAUAACACAAAGAAUUAAAGAUAAAGCAUGGGAUGAUGUGAUAAGAAAAGAGAAGCCAGUAGAUGAUCAAUUAUCUUUCCGUAAACCAGAAAUUUUAGAUCAAUCGAAAAGUAAACUUAGUUUAGCACAGGUAUAUGAAGCAGAGUAUUUAAAGCAAAAGCAAGCAUUAUCAGGUGAAGUGGAAGAAGAGAAAGAGCCUGAAAGCCAUGUUGAGAUCAGAGAAGCAAUGAGUAAAUUGUUUUUGAAACUUGACGCAUUGUGUAAUUAUCAUUACACUCCUAAAGUACCACAUGCUGAAGUUAAAAUCGUCAGUAAUACUCCUGCUAUUUCAAUGGAGGAAGUAGCUCCUGUUGCUACAAGUGAUGCAGCGUUGUUGGCGCCUGAGGAAAUAAAGAAGAAACGUAGAGGGGAGUUGAUGAGUAAAGAAGAGAGAACACAGACAGAUAAAAAGAGAGAGAGAAGGAAAAAGAAGAAAUUACAAAAGGGUAAGGAGAAAGUUGAAAAAGUGACUGACAACAGGAAUACUAAGAAAGCUAAUGAGGCUAGUGACAAAUCUUUGAAGACCUCCAAAGCUUUCUUCCAACAAUUGAAUGAUAAUUCUACAAGUUUAAUUAAAACUAAAAAUAAGAGAAAUGUAAAAAAUAAGGGACAGUAAAAAAUUGUGUAAAUAUUUUAUAUACUUGUUAUUUCCUAUAUUAUAAUACAUAAUUUUCAUUUAUUUUCAUCAUCAGACUAUUAAUAUCCCUACAGCAGUGGCAUGCCCUUCCAUAUAGAUGGAAUUGAAUCAUAUCCAAUAGAGGGAAUGGGGCCAUGACAGUAGGUUGCGGGCCCGUUGAGUAUUGGUGGUGUUAACAAAUGCAGAUGCUGGGACUGACAGCUAAAUGAUAAAUAAUUUGUCAUCCAACUUAUAAUCAGCGUUUGUGAAAAUCAAUAACUUCCUUAUCCACUCCAUAAGUGUUAGCAUUUAUAAUAUUUUGAAUGGCUCUAUGGCACAGUGGUUAAAACAAAGAUUUACUGUAGAGUAACUCUUUGUUUUUACAUGACUGCCUAAAUAAAGGAUGUAUAUGAAUGAAUUAUUGAACUUCGCUUUAUUUAUUUAUUGAUACUCUUUGCAAAAAUGUAGAAUGCCGUAGGCAUUUUUUAUCAAUCAACCUGAGGGUGAUGUGGAGACAAAU